AGCAAGCCCUGCCGCAGCAGAUUUUGCGUGAUACAGAGCCUAAUUGAUCCGUCGCGACAGAUUCGUCAGCCCCAUAUUCACGCCUUCGAAGCGUGCUACGGCCUUCGAGCCGCCACACGCCCUGUAGCCGCAGCACAGCUGCGAGAGCAUAGACAGCUUUUUGCACAAAUACACCCGCCGCGCGCGGCACAACGAAGAAAAAAACGCCAUAAGGAAGAAGAAUCAAUGGAGCUCGUCUACGCGCGCUCUGCCAAGCAAGGGAUUCUGAAGCACCGCGACAAGCGACUGUUAAUAGCCGUCGUCGUGAGCAUAGUUACAGGCGCCGGUUUGGGCGAGAUCUUCUGGCCGCGCGUCAAACCCAGCUUCGAAGAAGCGGUCGAGCCCGUGCCAGAGAGCAAUCAUAAACUCCCGAACGAGGCCGCCUUCGAGCAGACGCUGCGGAGUUGUUUAGGCGCGGCCUGCUACACGGCCACACCGAAGGGCUCGAAAGCAGAGGCAAGAAUCGCUCUAUUGGCGCCUCCCUCGCAAGCCGCCGACGCGUUCUUCGCGUGGUACGUUGCCUUAGCGAAGCGGGGCGGCGCCACGGCGCGCAAGGUCGAAUGGAUACAGACGGCGCACGCGCCGCCUUAUGGGUAUGGCAAGAACCACGGGUACACGCGGAUCGUGCGGCUCGCCUUGCCGUUACUCUCGUCGGUCGCGGCGUCGUCGCAAGGCAAUGCCGCCGAGAGCCUCGCGCAGCACGUCCGGUGGCACUGCCGCGUGUCUCACGUCGCGGCACACACGGCCCAACUUACAGUGAGAUCAGCAUCUGAUCUGCUGGACGUCGUGGAACGGCGCCUGACGACGGAGCGGUUGCUGUCCUUCGUCGGCAUUAAAGUCGCGCCCGACCUGUUAGACGAGGGCGAGCGGACCUUCGCGCCGGUCCUUCGAGCUUUACAAGCGGCGGACGCGUCGAUCGACGCCCUGGACGCGUCCCGCUGGCGUCUCGCGGACGUGCUCUCCUCCGAACUGUCCGCGACGCAGAACUUGAGAGCCUGGCCCUGCCGCAGCCUCUGGGUCGAUAUGGAUGACGCCGCGUUGGUGGAGGCGGCGCGAGCGUUAUCACCGAACUGCUCGCGGCCGUUCACGACGUGUAGCGUUGCUAGGGAUCGAGAGGAAAUGUUCGGAAAACGAAGCGAGCCGAUUAAAUAA